CCAGCCAUUGUGCUCCAGGGGGCUGCAGCAGCUGAAAGGCCGCCCCCCGCACUAGAAUCCUUGGGCCAGCCACUCUGUUCAGGAGCUCCCCUGUUCUUUCCUUAUCUGCCCCUUGUCACGUCUCUUGAGGCGAGGAAAGAAGCAACCACGAGGUCAGCCGAUGCAUCUUUGCUUUUUAGUCCAGACUCUUUUCUUGUCCCAGUCUGCCCGAUGGGAUGGGGCUUCAAGGCGAGGAAGGAAAGGGACAACCUCACUCCGCCCAGCGCCGAGACAUAUGCUGCCGAGACUCUCGGGCUCCUGUUCACCAACGACAUUGGGUUCGACGCGGUCAUCACCUGCCGCGGCGAAGAGUUCCAGAUUCAUAGAAGCCUCGCCGCCGUGCGAUCUGCGUUCAUGAGGGUUGCAUUCUAUGGCAAAUUCACGGAAGCGACCGAUGGCAGGCUGUCGGCCGACGAGUUCGAAGUCGAGGUGGUCAAGCAGAUGGUGCAUUACCUGUACAACGGAACGUACACCACCCCGGCGCAGAAGAUCAUGGCCUACAAGACGCGGCCCGUGGAGGAGAUUGUGGCCCAAGUCGAGGACUACCGGAGCGCUCCCAGCCAGGCGAUACGCACGGGCUGGCAGACAAAGCAGCCCGUGAGCACAGCGGAGACGAUACAGUUCCACAUCAAGAUGCACAACGUCGCCGACUACUACCAGAUCGAGUCGCUUUCCGAGUAUUCUUCCAUCUGCAUCCAAAGGCUGCUGGCCGAUAAAUGGGAGGCAGAAGUGUUCUGUGACAUGCUGAAGCUGUGCUGGGAUGAGACUGUGGAUGAUAAUAUCAGGGAGCUGUUCGCCAAGACAGCGGCCCCUCAUGCGGUUGCGCUGCUGGGCACGCCCAAGUAUCAGAUGCUUAACUGUAAGCUGAGACUGGCUUUUGAGCACUCAGUACUCCGUAUAAAUAUUGACAAAUUGAAGAAAUCACUAUGA